CGAGGAAAACAACAAAGAGUGUCGAAAAAAUUCAACGAGAGCGCGGGAGCUCGUAGAAAUUAAUUAAUUUUGAACGAAACGGCGACUAUGCGCUGGCGUGUGUGUGUGUGUGCGAAGCGGAGAUUAUUAGCUGAGCGGCAGCGGCCAACUCCCCAAAUGAGAACAAAUUGAAAAAACAGUGCUAAAUGCUGUAGUAAGACUAAUAAAACGAAAGCAAUUGUGCAAUAAUAAUCGUAUGAGUUUCGUCCCCAUUUGUUAUUAAUUAGUUAUCGGUAUGAAGAAAAUGCCAGAAACCGAAAUUCAACUACGUGUUGAUUAAUUUGUUGUUAUUUUUUGUUUUCUGCAAACGAAAGUCCAUUUGUUGCUGCAUGUGUGCGUGUUCCCCCUUGUUCGUGUAAGCGUCAGCGUGAUCGUGAUCGCGAUCGAGAGUGUGUUGGUGGUAAAAGUUGGCGAAAAUAGCAACAAAAGCGCGACAAGAUGACUACUGUGUGGAGCGAUUGCAAUGCUAAGCAAGCAUUCGGCAUUGCCAAGUGCAAUUUCGAUCAGGAGAGGAAGCCGCAUCGCUUGAACCUGGACGUGGGCGAUGCAGUCAUAAUACUCAAGGAGACCACCCACUGGUACUACGGCUACAGGCAAAAAGCCAAGGAAACGCGCGGCAUAUUUCCCAAGAGCUAUGUGCAUCUGUGCGAGUACAGCAUUGUCAAUGGGGAGUUCUGCAUCCAGCGCACAGACAUUGUCGAGGAGAUCACCAAAGUGCUGCUGGAGUGGGGCGCCAUAGCCAAGAGUUAUUAUUUGGCCACAAAUCCGAGCUUUCAAAAGAUACGCCGCAAGAUGAACGAACUGAACAACAAUCGAGCGGCCUUGAUCUCUGGCAACCUGCCUCUGGAUGAGGUGCGGAAAGUAAAGCUCUUGGCCACGGCCCAGAUCGAUACAGGGAACAAGAUCCUCAGCCUGGACAUGGUGGUGCGCGACGAGAGCGGGGACAUACUGGACACGAACGCCAUUUGCACCACAGAGCUGUACGAGCACCAUGUCCACGCCGUCUCCCGCAUAGAAAAGGCGAAUCGCCUCUCAACGGAGCGUGGAACCACCCGCAGCCUCAACAAAUACUCGCACAACAUCCUGCUGCACGUGAAUGCAUUCGUGUGCAAGUUCCAAGAGGACGCGGACCUGCUCUUCACCCUCUUCGAUGGGGAGACGCACAAACCCAUCAGCGAAAACUAUGUCGUGAAGUGGUCGCGCACGGGCAUUGCCCGGGACAUCGAACAGAUCGACAACAAUCGGGUGCUCUUCACGGAUCUCAGCAGAAGCGACCUGAACAUUGCCAAAAUGUAUCUGGUGUGCUAUGCCAUACGCAUCGGGGCGAUGGAGGUCAAGGACUCCGCCGACUCGAAGCGCACCAGCAUGAGCAUAGCCAACAGUGUCCUCACAGCCGCCAGUCGGAAGCACUCGCAGCUGUCUGUCAGCUCCAAUGGAUCCGCGGGCAGCACCGGCGAGUACGUGCUGAGACGGCCAUUUGGCGUCGCCUGCAAGGACCUGACGCCCAUCAUUAGCAAAUCGGAGGACUAUCGGGGCAACCUGGACCUGCCGUUCAUCAUGUGCGAGAAGGACACGCUGGACGGGACGCUGCGGAAGCUGAUUGCCAACAAGGACAUCGGGAAGAUCGACUCCAAGAUGGCCGUGACCAUUGAGGUGCUGCGCGGCGACAUCAAGCAGAUCAAAGAGGACUUCCCCCGGCUGGUGCACAGCAACGUCCCAGUGGCCCGCAAGAUGGGCUUCCCCGAGGUCAUCCUCCCAGGGGAUGUGCGCAACGAUCUGUAUCUGACGAUCUGCAGCGGAGAGUUCGCCAAGACGGCCAAGAACGUGGAGGUGUCCGUGUGCGUGGCCAACGAGCAGGGCAGCCUCAUGCCGGGCGUCAUCAGCAUGGGUUCCGGCCAUCCGCCCAUCGACGAGUACAAGUCGGUGGUGUACUACCACGAGGACAAGCCGAAGUGGCAGGAGACCUUCAAGAUUCACGUGCCCAUCGAGGACUUCAAGCAGUGCCAUUUGCGGUUCACUCUGAAGCACCGCAGCAGCAACGAGCAGCGCGACAGGCAGGACAAGUCCUUCGUUCUGGCCUAUGUGCGUCUCAUGCAGGCCAACGGCACGACCAUUCCGCAGGGCCAGCAUGUCCUGGCCGUCUACAAGAUCGAUCACAAGAAGUACGACAAGUCGGAUGCCAAUUGCUACAUGGAACUGCCGUCGACCCUGGCCGAGCUGCAGGGCACCAGACCCUCCAACAGCGCCAUGACGCUCCUGCCCAAGGAUCAGCUGACAAUUGGGGUCAAUCUAUGCAGCACAAAGCUCACGCAGAGCGUGAGCCUUUUGGGUCUUCUGAACUGGUCUGCGCACAAGGAAACCCUCGAGCAGUCGCUCAAUGCCCUGUGCUCAGUGCCCGGCGAGGAGGUGGUCAAGUUUCUGCAGGACAUACUCGAUGCCUUGUUCAAUAUUCUGGUGGAGAACGAUCAUCCGGAGAAGUACGAUCAGCUGGUGUUCAUGAGCAUCAUUCAUCUGAUCGAAACGGUGUCCGAGCUGAAGUACCAGCACUUUCUCACUGUCCUGGAUGUCUACAUCAACGAGAGCUUCUCCUUUACGCUGGCCUACACCAAACUUAUGGAUGUGCUGCAGAAGAACAUUAGCGAUGCCAUUGCCCCCCGAGAGAAAUCCGCGGAUGCCGAAGAGAGUGCAGAGGUGCGGCGCCUGUACAAGACCACGCGCUACCUGCACUACGUGAUGAAGUUUGUGAUCAGGUCCCGGGUGCUCUAUGCGGAGAUGAACUGCAACACGGACUAUGUGGACUUUGCCACACGCCUGCAGGAGCUGUUGCGCAUGUUCAUCGACAUGAUUGGAUGCCCGAGCAAUCUGCUGAAGUCGGAGGGAGCCCUGCUCAAGAAUCUGCACAUCAUAGCCACCGAUCUGAUGCAGGUCUUUGACCAAGUGCGAUUGAGCGUUUCCAUUGUGGAGAUCUUGGAGAAGUUUCCGCCGCGUCGCUUGACGCAGUCCAAGAUGGGCUGUAUCAAGGAUUUCGUGGAGACGAAGCUCUUCAGUUCGCCCAAGUGUCGGGCCAUCCUGCUUCCGGUGUUCUGCAAGCACAUCAAGGAUCAUCUCGAGAGCAAAGAGGAGGGAGACACGAAAACCGAUAUCUGGCAGCAAGAAAAGAAUCUUUCGAAAGCCGCCAAAGUGCUAGGACAGUCGAAAUCCCAACUGCACACGCGUGAAACGACUGCCAACAAAAAGAUUGCCGAGUGCAUCAACAUCAUGAACAAUAUACUGAAGCUGCUGUACCGCACGGAUGUGGGAGCCACCCACAAUGACAUUCGGGACAUCAUGAUCAUUCUGCUGCGCACCGUGAUGAAGGCGGCCCACUCGCUGGACCGGGACACGGGGCUGGUGGGGAAGUUCUUUGCCAUUAUGCUGGGCAUACUGCAGCGCAUGGACGCCCAGCACUAUGAGUACUUUGUCAAGGAUCUGCAUCAGAGGGGGGAGCUCAAGGACUUUGUCAUCGAAAUCCUGCUGGUGUUCGAGGAGCUGGUGUCGCCGCACCAGAAGGCAGUGUUUCCCAGGGACUGGAUGGACAUGAUCAUGCACCAGAACACGGUCAUCCUGGGCGCCCUAAAGCACCUGAGCGUGGUCAUAACCGACUACUUCCUGUGCCCCUUCGAGAAGCAGAUCUGGUCAAACUUCUUCCAGUGCUCCAUCGCCUUCCUAGUGCAGUCGCCGCUCCAGCUGAACGACUUCAACGACAACAAGCGGCAGAUUGUGUUCGCCCGUUAUCGCGACAUUCGCAAGGACACGGCCAUGGAGAUACGCAAGAUGUGGUUCCAGCUGGGCCAGCACAAGCCCAAGUUUGUGCCGCAGCUGGUCGAACCGAUUCUGGAGAUGAGCAUGAUACCGGAGACGGAGCUGCGGCGCGAGACGAUCCCCAUCUUCUUCGACAUGAUGCAGUGCGAGUACUACAGCUCGCGGCUGGAGCUGGAGAGCUAUGGCGACACCAAAUACAACAAUGCCCACCACAAGGGAAACUUUACGGAGUUCAAGACGGCCAUGAUCGAGAAGCUGGACAUCCUCAUUGGAGCUGGCAAGGGCGAUGCCGAGUACAAGCAGAUGUUCGAGGAGAUCAUGCUGGAGCGCUGUGCCGCCCACAACACUUUGAAUGUGGAUGGGACGAGCUUUGUGCAGAUGGUAACGCGUCUGAUGGACAAGCUGCUGGAGUAUCGCUUCAUCAUCCAGGACGAGAGCAAGGAGAACCGCAUGGCCUGCACAUUCUCGCUGCUGCAGUUCUACUCGGAGGUGGACCUCAAGGAGAUGUACAUCCGCUACGUCUACAAGCUGCGCGACCUGCACAUGGAGUUCGACAACUACACGGAGGCCGCCUUCACGCUGAAGCUGCACACCGAACUGCUGCGCUGGACCGACAUGGAGCUGUCGCCGCAGUUGCGCAGCUAUCGGCACAGCCUGUGCCGCACCCACAGGGACCUGAAGGAGGCCCUGUACUUUGAUAUCCUGGAGUAUUUUGACAAGGGCAAGCAGUGGGAGUGCGCCAUCGACAUGUGCAAGGUGCUGGCCCGCCAAUACGAGGAGGAGAUCUACGACUACAUCAAGCUGUCGGAGCUGCUGAAGCGCAUGGCGCAGUUUUACGAAAAGAUCCUCAAGGAGCUGCGCCACAGCUGCGAGUACUUCCGCGUGUGCUUCUAUGGGCGCAAGUUCCCGCGCCUCCUCCAGAACCGGGUGUACAUCUUCCGGGGCAAGGAGUACGAGCGGCACAGCGACUUCUGCACUCGCAUGCUGCAGCAGCAUCCGCAGGCGGAGCUCAUGCAAACACUGGAGGCGCCAGGGGAGGACAUCACACAAAGCGAUGCCCAGUACAUCCAAGUCAACAAGGUGGAGCCCAUUAUGGACGCGGCCUUUAGCAAGUUCCACGACAAGAUCAUCUCCAACGAGAUCGUCAAGUACUACACCGCCAACAAUGUGCAGAAGUUCCGGUUCUCGCGACCCUUCCGCGACAGCAGCGGCGGCGGCGAUGAUGUGCGGAACCUUUGGCUCGAGCGCACGGAGCUGAUCACGCGCUUCCCCCUGCCCGGCAUCCUGCGCUGGUUCCCCGUCGUCGAGUCCAUUACGUUCAAGAUUUCCCCUCUAGAGCGUGCAGUAGAGAUCAUGAAGGACACGAACCGGGACAUUAGGCAGCUGGUAAUCCUGCACAAAAGCGACGAGACGCUGCACAUCAAUCCGCUGAGCAUGAAGCUCAAUGGGAUCGUGGAUCCGGCCGUGAUGGGAGGCUUCGCCAAGUACGAGGAGGCCUUCCUGACCGACGAGUAUCUGGAGGAGCAUCCCGAUGACAAGGAUCUGAUCGAGGAGCUCAAAGAACUGAUUGCCACGCAGAUACCGCUGCUGGAGAUAGCCAUUCUGCUGCACCGCCAGAAGGCGCCCGAUAGCCUAAAGGCUAUGCAGGAGCACCUGGAGAGCUGCUUCUCGGACAUGCAGCAGCACGUGGAGACGCGCUACGGCCGAAAGACCUGUGACCUGAAGAUUGAACGCGAUUCGGUGGUGAUGCGACGCACCAACUCCUUUCUGCCGGCCCUCUUCGAUGGCGGCUGCAAUCGUUUGUCGGAGACCAGCAUGGGAUCCUCAGACAGCGGACUGUCAAAGUCAACCAUUCUGCCCAGGCCGCCGACCAACUCCAUCAAGUCCACUCUAGCGAGCCUGAGUUUCAACACGAGGCCCAGCUUGGGACACUCGCCAAGCACCAAGAGCAGCAAGAACAAGGACAAGACACCAGCCAAGCGGCGGUCUAUGAAGAAGGAUCGUGAGGCGCUUAGCUUUCCCAGCAGUCAAUGGUAUACGCCGCCAUUGACCACCAUUACCUCGACGCCCGAGAAGGAGAUCAACACGUCAAUAGGCUCGCUGGCCAGCGCUUCCAACAGCUCGUUGAGUGGCCCGAAAACACCAGAUCCACAUGUGCUGACCGAGGAGCUCACACCAAAGCGGCCUCUGCGCUCCGAAAAGGAGAAGGAACGUCGCCUCUCUAGGCCUGCCAGCAUUGCCACGCCCACGGCCAGCAUCAAGAACUUCCCGAACGACACACGCUCCCUAUCCGAGAGCAGUAAUCGGAAUUCAGUUGAAACUACAGAUUCCACGUCGGAGGAGGACAUUAGACCGCCGCCAUUGCCGGCCAAGACACGCGACUCGACCGAUUUCACAAGCCUGUCACACAACCUGGACUGGACACCGAAUAGCUAUGCGAUGCUCAGCACUCAGACCAGCUUCACCAGCAACAGCAGCAGCACGAGCACGACAAUGACAAAGACCAGUAUUACAAACAGCACGUACGAGUAUCUGGAGGCCACGAACUUUAGCCUGGUGGGUGCCGGCGCCGCCUCACCAGAUGCCAGUAAGCCGCGUCCCCCAACGCCGCCGCCGAAGCCAUCGCGGCACAGCAAACACAUUCCAUGAGGGACGACGACGGCGAGUUCUGCUCCCAGUGCGAGGGCCAGCAGCAGCAGCAACAGCGCCAGCGCCAUAUAUACAUAUGUUCAAACGUUGUCGAGUGCCAAAUAUUCCUGUUACUACAUACAUAUAGCAUAUAGAGAGCGUCGGCGGAGAGCAGCCCCAGCCAGAACGACCUUUGCCUCAACCACAUUGACCGCCUACCAAAUAGCCAACGGCAGAGCGCCGCAGAGCACGGAAUCAAGUGUCUUAACGAACGAUCAGAUCAGAUGUAUCCGAUAACUAAUAAUGUUUAGGUUAGACUUUGUGUUAAGUGUUUGAAAUGAUAUUAUGUUGAACAUGUCAUCAUUUUCCGUUUAGUUUAGAUAUUCGUCAUGUAAUUUGUUUCCGAACAAAGCCCCAAAAGCACCCACUACUUGUCUUCCACAAGUUUUAGAUAUCUUUAUAUAUAUAUAUAUUAUAUAUGUACACGUAUUUACAUGUAGUCCAUAAUCAGACGAGCGCCUGCUUCUGUCGGCAAUUCGAAGGAACAAACAAGUGCCACAAUCUUUAUACACAAUAAGCUUAAAUCACGAGCAUAUGCAUGCAUGUCUACAAUUUUAUAAGACCAAAAACAAAGGGUUUUUAUUUAGCAAAAUUAUGUACGACGAGUACCACAAGUCAAUUACGAAAUACGAAAUGCGAUAUGCAAGUUUUUAAAAUGUUUACAUUAGAACAAUUUUUUAAAGAAAGAUCAUGAACUAUUUACACUGUUUUUAAUACGAUUCAGAAUAGAGCCAUAUAUGUAAUCCACUUGUCGCACUGCAACCGGAGUAGGUUCUCCGAGUGUGCCUGUAUUUUAAGUCGUAACGUGAACAAAUCAAAAUUUUAUAAUUUCAUUAUAAUUAAACUACUCGUGUGUAAUAACGUACGUAUUUAGCGAUCUGUGUAUCGGCCAAAGAUUAAGCAAUAAUAAACCUAAUACCUAAGCGUA